AUGGAUCCUCAGGUAAUCGUUCUAACAGUCAUUGGAUGGAUUGUGCCACAUCUCGUUACUCUGGCGUCACUGGCAAUCAAGAAGACCCUGAAUAAUCCUCCCAAAGAUGACCAAGAUAAGAAUUUAGAGGAAAAAGCUUUCAAAAUGAUCAAAGUAUUCGACCAAAUUUAUCCGGAGAUCACGAGCAGCAAGAUCGUCAAGAAUUCGUUGUGUGACUUCAAAACUUUCCUCAUUGAGGAAAUGGAAGCGAUCAAAGAAAACCAGAAGCACGAUGAACGACGUAGAAACUGGAAACCUGAUGGAACAACCAUGUCCGACAUGUUGGAAGAGGCACUCGAUAUGCGUAUCAUGGAAGUAGCGGAGGCUCGGCAAGAAGACGAGGAGUACAAAUUCCGGUGUACGACCGGUGCAAGGAAGCAUUCCGUAAAGUUGAGAGGACGAGACGAGGAAACAAGGGGGUUGCUGAGUUGGUUAUUGGAAAAUUCUCAGAGAUCUUCUUGUUCAGAUAGUAAAAAGUUAUCUAUUCUUUCUAUCGUCGGUCUGGGUGGCAUCGGCAAGACGGAGCUGGCUCGGCAAGCUUACAACAACGACAGAGCCGACUUCGGCAUCAAGGCAUGGGUCUCUGUGUGCAAGAAUUGUGACGUGAAGAAGCUGACCAUUGAAAUCAUGGAAUCUGCCGACUUCAAACUACUGCCGAGCCUUCACAGCAUGUACAGCUCGGAGAAGAUCCAAAGCAUAUUUACCGAGAUUAUCAAGGACCAGAGAGUUUUGGUCGUCUUCGAUGACGUGUGGGAGGAGUUCAGCACCCCUUGGGAGGAGCUUUACGCCUCGCUUAGUCAUGGACGACAAGGGAGCAGAGUCAUAGUCACAACGCAGCUUGAGAGGGUAGCAAAGCUAAUCGGAUCGGACGAGACGAUUAAUCUUGAUCCCCUCGAGCAUCAGGAGUACUGGAAACUGUUUGAAGAAUGCGCAUUCGGCAACCAAAAUCCCAACAAUUAUCCGGAGUUGCAGCAGUUAGGCCAGGCAAUAGCGUCCAAGUUUGAGGGCUCUCCCUUGGCAGCUGUGGAGAUUGGACGUACAUUGGCGUCUAAUUUAACAAAACGACACUGGGAGAAGAUUGCCGGCAGUCAGUUCGGUGUACUCCAACGCUCGAGAGGCGACAUCCUAUCGGCACUAGAAUUCUGCUACGAGCAACUGCCUACACGCUUGAAGCAAUGCUACCUUUCUUGUGCUUUGUUUCCGAAAAAUUACUGCUUUGACAAGGACCAGCUGCUUCGGAUGUGGGUGGCCCUUGGCUUCUCUCCUUCUCUUGCUGACGAAGAAAUCAGAAGCCUAGCUGAAGAUCUUGCAAGUAGAUCAUUUUUCGUCAAUGCAGAGAGAAGGAAUAACAAGUUUAUGAUCCACCCGGUGUAUCAUGAGCUCGCGGACAUGAUUUGCGAUGGCGAGUUUUUCAGACUCGAGGAAGAAACAGAGGAAACAAAGAUACCAGAAAAAGCUCGCCAUGUGUAUGUCAAAGCGGACAUUUUGGUGAAGGUCUGUAAAGGUUUAGGAGAAAAGGAAAACUUAUACAGCCUUGUAAUCGAUGGUAGUCUAUCCUCUGGCAUCCCCAAUUCUAAGUCGGAUUUCCACAAUUCUCUGAACAAAGUGUUGAAUGAUCUGAAAGGCUUACGAGUGUUGAUACUCUCUGAGCUUCCAGGGAAUCGUUUACUGAAAUCGGUUCGGAAAUUAGGCCAUCUCGGGUACCUUGAGAUUCCCAGCAACAAGAACAGAACGGUGCCGGAGUCAUUCCUGGCAUCCUACCACCGAGUGCAGGUGAACCUGAACCAGGUCCCCAGGGAUUUGUUCAUCAAGUGCGAGGGCAUGGAUGAGUUGGCCAAGCUGUGUGGUGUAGCUGCAGAUACGCAAAAGAAGGCAAUCUCGACAACCAGCCUCAGCAGGAGGAAAAAACGAUCUCGUCGGCGAGCUGCACGGAGGGACCAGCUGCUGAGGGAGCAGUGA